AUGCCUCGAGACGCUGUGUCGUGGGCAGAUGUGGCGCUCGUGUGGCGCGCGGUUCUGCGCCUCGCUGGGUCGAAUGCAUCGUCACUACGGCCAGCCAUCCGGCCGUGGCCAACGCAGCUGGCGAGCGACAAGGCAGGCGGUGUGCCGAGUGAUAUGUCAGGCGGCGUGACAAGCCACAUGCCAAGCGACCGGCCCACUGACGACGUCGCUGCUGCAACAGAGCGCGUAUCGGUGCCAGAGAAAGAGCUGGUGCUCGAGACUGCGCCGGACCGUGUGGCGCCUGUAUCAGAGCGCGUUCCUGAGUCGACGCCCGCCUCGGAUGCCGCCCUCGUUGAACCCCCAGCCACGUCCCCAGAGUACGACGCUGCGAAUGAGCGCACCAAGCCAUUGAGGGCGAAGCGCGUGCCCGCGACGCGGCUGGGCCGCCUACUGCACUACGGCAGCCUGGGCGCAGGCCUGGCGUGGGGCUCAGCGAGCGAGUACAUGCGGCAGACGACGCGGGGCUCGGGCGGCUCGUCGCUCUUUCUUUCCGCGGCGAAUGUCGAGCGACUUGUUGAUAAGCUGAGCACGAUGCGCGGCGCGGCGCUGAAACUCGGGCAGUUUCUGUCGAUCCAAGACAGUCACUUACUUCCGCCCCAAGUCGAAGAGGUGCUCCUGAGGGUCCAAAAUGCUGCCCACUACAUGCCGGGAUGGCAACUUGAGCGCGUCAUGACCGAGGAACUUGGCGAGCAUUGGCGUGCGCACUUUGCGUCGUUUGAUGAGCGGCCGUUCGCCGCUGCCUCGAUUGGCCAAGUCCACAGCGCCGUGAUGGCCGAUCCAUACCCAGCGCAGCCCGAGAUGGCGGGGCGGCGCGUAGCUGUCAAGGUGCAGUUUCCCGGCAUUCGGGACUCGAUCGCCAGUGACUUGUCGUACGUCAAGUGGCUGCUCACCGCAACGGCCCUUCUGCCCAAGGGCCUGUUUUUGGAAAAUUCCGUGCAGCAGCUGCAGCAGGAACUGCAGGACGAGUGCGACUAUACACGCGAGGCGGAUAUGUGUCGCCGCUUUUACGAACAUGUGGCGCAUAUGGAGCCCCACGGUCUUUGCUUCGAGGUGCCGCGCGUUGUCGACAGUGUAUCGACGACGCGCGUCCUCACCGCAGAGUUUCUGCGUGGCCGACCGCUGACGCAGGCGGCGCACAUGGACCAGACGACGCGCGAUAAGAUUGCGCAUGCGAUUAUGGAGCUCAGUCUGCGCGAGCUGUUUGACUGGCACCUCAUGCAGACGGACCCGAACUGGACCAACUUUCUGUACCAUCACGAGCGCCAGUCGAUCCAGCUCAUUGACUUUGGCGCCACGCGCGACUACUCGUCCGAUUUUAUUGCGCUGUGGCUCAAGCUGCUGCGGGCCGCUGUGUCCGGCGAUCGUGCGCAGUGUGAACACUGGAGCGUGCAGAUUGGCUACCUGACCGGCCACGAGUCUGAGACCAUGCGCGAGGCUCAUGUGACAUCGAUGCUCACGCUCGGCGAGCCAUUCCGCCACGAUGCACCUGUUCCGUAUCCGUUUGCGAAUCAGACCAUCACGGAUCGCGUGCGCGAGCAGAUUCCCACCAUGGUGCGUGAGCGCCUGCGUCCGCCGCCGCCUGAGACGUACUCGCUCAACCGCAAGCUGAGCGGGGCCUUUUUGCUGUGUGCGCGUCUCCGAGCUCGUGUCAACUGCCGCGACCUGUUCGACCAGGUGACGCGGUCGAAGGGUUUCCAUACGUGGACGCCGCCGUCCGACAUGUACAGAGGAGAAGACAUGCUGGAGCGGUGGUCUCACCUGCCGACGUACAAGCGCCGACGAGCUGAGCGACAUGCCGAUGCGCCCGAGAAAGAGGCGACUGUGGUGCAGGGGCCGCCUGACACGGUGCGUGUGCGCGACGUGUACGUGCCCACGAAGCCCGUGCCCCCCGGCCCUGAAGAAUGCUGCCAGUCGGGAUGCGUCAACUGCGUCUAUGUAUUGUAUGCCGACAAUGUGAACGAGCACAAGCAGGCGAUGCGGGACAUUCGCCGCAAGCUGCGGACGUACGACCCACCGAUCCGCGAGGACGAGUGGGACACGACACUGCUGGGGCCGAUGCCCAACGCGCCAGAUACCCAAGACGACCACGUCGACGAAGCCGCGCCGGCCGAUCCGUCUUUAGCGGCCUUUUUGGAGCUUGAGCGCAAGCUAAAGAAGAAGUAG